ACGUGGACAGGGCGGGCGCGCCCGAGCUGGCCAUGGCGGCCGCGGUGUCCGGUGUGGUGAGGCGGGUGGAAGAGCUCGGGGACCUGGCUCAGGCUCACAUACAGCACCUUAGCGAAGCCGCGGGGGAAGACGAUCACUUUUUAAUUCGAGCCUCUGCAGCUCUAGAAAAAUUGAAACUUUUAUGUGGAGAAGAGAAAGAAUGUUCAAAUCCAUCCAAUCUUUUGGAACUAUAUACACAGGCCAUCCUGGACAUGACAUAUUUUGAGGAGAACAAGCUAGUAGAUGAGGAUUUUCCAGAGGACUGUUCUCCACAGAAAGUAAAAGAGCUGCUCGCGUUUCUUUCAGAACCAGAAAUCUUAGCUAAAGAAAGCAAUAUGCAUCCCAAGCUGUGCGGUUUGCUUGGGGCUGAGCUCCUGGAGUGCCUCUCUUGGAGGCGAGGGGCCCUGCUGUACAUGUAUUGUCAUUCGCUGACUAAGAGAAGGGAGUGGCUCCUCAGAAAAUCCAACUUGCUUCAAAAGUACCUUGUUGAUGGGAUCAAUUACUUGCUACAGAUGCUAAAUUAUCGAUGCCCUGUCCAGUUAAAUGAAGGUGUUUCUUUCCAAGACCUAGACACAGCUAAAUUGCUGAGUACAGGAGUCUUUAGUGACAUCCAUGUGCUGGCUAUGAUGUACAGUGGAGAGAUGUGCUACUGGGGGUUAAAGCACUGCACAGAUCAGCAGUCAGAAAACCAUGAAGUUGAUACUGAUGUUUUUGGAGCAAGCUGCACCACACACAAAGAAACCUUGGAUUUCCGAGAAGUAGGAGAAAAAAUUUUGAAGAAGUAUGUGUCGGUGUGUGAAGGACCUCUGAAGGAGCAAGAGUGGAACACCGCAAACGCAAAGCAAAUCUUAAGUUUCUUUCAGCAGCGCUGUAGCUAGGUGUUCAUCUAGGUCUCAACUCAAAUACAUAAAGAUGCUGAAGUGGGGAAGAAGGCUUUGACAAAGGAGAUGUACUACACUGAUCUUGAGACGGUUACACUACAUAAAGGUGCCCAGUGCACUACGCUUCUCUAAUGCUGUCACCUUUCCCUGAGUGGUCUUAGGUCUGUGAAGAAUAUUCUCUAAUUUCUAGAAUGGCAUAUAUGCCAUUCUAACUGAACUUGAACUACAUAUAAACCUGCCACUGGUAAGGAGGAACCCAAUGUAGAUGGACAGUUGUUUUCUAAUAUUUUAGGUUAUAUUUUUUAUUGUACUAAAAUAUAUGUAACACAGAAUCUCCUUAUUUUGAAGUAUGCAUACUUCAAAGAUGGAAAUCAGGUUUUCUCCUUGUUUCAAAUAUAAAGUAUAGCUAUAAAUGUAGGCAAUUAGAAUAUUGUGACUAAUAUUUAGAUUUCAUUUCCAGUAAUUAAACAACAAAGGAUUUAAAAGAUGAAACUUAUUUAUUUUGCCAUGCAUUACUAAUAAUACUUAAUUUACUUAUCCAUUUUAUAAAUUAUUUUAUUUUAUUUAAAACAAAAACUGCAUGGUUACUCCAAAAAGAAGGUAAAUUCAGUAUAGAUGAGACCACCAUUAGUUCAGAUGCUUGUAGGGCACAUCUUUGCAUAUAAUGAACUUUACACAUAUUUUGCCUUUCAGUAAGACUGAAAUGCUGAAGGCCAAAGAGCCUAGUUUGCUGUCUUGCUCACCUUUCUCUGCCUACCUCAAGUCUUCCGAUGCACUAGACUUCUGUCCCAGUGACAUCUUCACAUUCCUGUCAUUUCUGUAACUGAAUCUAAGCAUGAGCCACACUCAGUUUCUCUUUCUGAAGUCUUACAUUUUAGUAACUGAUGACAGUUCUCUUCUUUUCAGCUUUUAAAAUUUCUUUGUUUUCAUUGGUUUUUCUGUUUUCAUUCUACAGCUUUCAACCUUUUCACGGGCUUCUCUAGACUGCUCUAACUCCUGAACAGCGACCUCUUUCAUGUUUUUUUUUGCCCCCUACUUCAUGGGGCAUCAUCACAUGAAUACUGGCCUCCCUUGUUUCCUCUCCUAUUUUAUCUCCUUGGCAGCAUCAUCCUUGGCAGGCUCUCAGCACUGCAUUAAUCUUGUCAGCCAGUCAUUCUUAGGAGACUAAGUUUUAUGGAAGGCAUGCAAUCCUUCAAAGUGUAUUGCUACACAUUGACUUCACUUAACAAUCCUAACUGCAAAGCUACUAAGGUGCCUCCCCUUUUCCCACCAUGGUAGAGUCAAAGUUCAUUAGUCACCUCUACCCUUGCUCUUCCACAGGAAGUUUAGAUUAUGAGGGAGUCAACUCUAUUUAUGCAUUUUUCUGUUUUAAAGGAGAAGAAUUUGCCUAAUUUCUGUUGAAGACUGAUCUUUGUUAUUUCUUCUUUCUCCUGUAGUUUCUCAUUUUCUGCCUGUCCUCAUGAAAGUUUCAUUCUCUUCCUUCUCUUUUUCUCUUUACUCUAAAUACUCAUGGCAAGCAGUAUUUCUCACUGCCAUCAUGGCUUAUGCCACCUAUAAUGUUAGGCUGGUUUCCAUGCCAGGAACUGGAACCCCACUCUCCUUGCUCUCUGAAUUUCAUUUUUAAUUGACUGCUAAAUGUCUUCACUUUGACAAAUACUGACUGCAUGGUCAUUUUAAGUUCAAUAUGAGCAAAUAACAAAUUUUUAUCUCUUAUGGAAAUCUUUUCUGCCUCAUUUCCCUCCAAUUUUGUAUGUUUUCCAAAUAAGCAAAUAGAAGGCCUACUUUCCAUCCUUAUUUCUGCACACACUCUGAUUUGUGUUCUAGACCAACGGUUUUCAGACAUUAAAAUGCGAGGUUCCUUUUUGAUAAACAGAAUUCUGAAUAAGCAGUGGAAGCCAAGGGAGAUUCCACAAUCCCUGCCACAACUCUUGGCCUGUCUUUAUACAGCCAAGAUUUUUAUGUAACCUAGCAUUUUAGCAAGUUUUAUUAGGAAAAUAUUGUAGCUUUCUAAAUCUUUAAUGUGAAUUUUAGAAGCACAGAUUUCUUUAGUGGAUCAUAAUCAGUUAAUCAAGUGCUUCCACUCCCUUUCCCAAAUGCACUUAUGUUUUACAACCAUAGUACCGUUGUAGACGUCAUUAUUGCUGGACUGGUCUUUGUGGCCAGAUAAAUUACUUUACUUGUAUGACGUACCUUUAGGAAUACUGUGUCUAAAGGCUUUUUUCAGCCCUUUCCAGUAGAAAUUAGAUGUUCCUUUAUUUUCUCGCUUCCUUUCACAUGUCACCACAGUACAAUGUGUUGUAAUUUUUUUUCUUACUACUGAACGAACUCCAUAUCUUAAAAUUUUAUCUUUGCACACACUGUUCAUUGCAUGGUAGGUAGUAAUGUCUUCUGAAUUAAUGAGGCAUGAUUUGAAAUGCCAAACUUUGCACAAGACGGUUGCUGCUAUUGCAUUCCAAACUGCCAUGCCCUCUAUACCAGUGGUUGAUAUAGCAAAAGGGAGCAUGUCUUCCUCGGAGGAGUCAAGUGUUACCUGGACACUAAACCUGAGAAAAUAAGACUGUCUUCACAAGCUGAGAACUUCCAUUUUUGCCUUUAUGACCUUUGGGGGCUCACUGGUUGAUACAAUUAUGAGGGUAUUUCUGGGUGCUUUUUGUACAAUUUACUCCCCUACCCCAAACAAUUGGAGAGCAAUUUAUAGACCAUAAUAGUUGUAGUACUUUCUACUGUGGUGUUAUAAAAGGAAAAUACAUCUUUUGGUAUUAAUCUUGAUGAGUAAAUUGUUUUAUUUAGAAUGAAGUAACCUCAAAAUAACAAAUACUCCACAUAACAAUAAGCCUAUAAUAGACCCUUUCAAUAGCUAAUAUGUGCCUACAACAUGCCAUAUUUUGUCCUAGGCACUGAGGAUAUAAACACCCUCCUGUUACAGGCUUUUAGUGGAGGAAGAAUGUACAGUAUGCCAAGUGAUAACACACUUAGCAGGGUGUAGGGGACUAUUGUGACGUGGAGAUGGUGCUAUUGUAUUUAGAGUGGUUAGAAAGAUCCAUCUAAGCACUGUCUUCAAUUUCCAUCCUGUUUUUUCUGAUGCCUUGUGUAUGCAGUACAUCUGAAGAUUUUCCUAAGGAAGUGGCUCUUAAAACCUCCUUUUAUUGAAUCUAAUGGCUUUCUCAUUCGUGGUGUUUCUGAUGCCUACAGCCUAAAGGUCUUGGGUUCUUUAUUCACUUGAGGUGGUUUUCUGUCCACCGCCCAGUUCCCUUUUCUAUCUUCUAUACGGUUAUUACAUCUUUCCACAGAAACCAAAACUCUGUACUGUCUUUAGUAUUACUUCCCUAUUAUUUUAAACACAGUAUGAAGUAGCAUUGUAUGGAAACAUUACAGUAAGAGGUACUUAAUAUAGACACAGCGUAUGUAUUAUAUCAUGCUGGUGUUUGGUAGCUUUUGCUUUCCUGCGUCUAGUGAAAAUUUAUCUUCGGUUUGAAUUCUCUGCUGUUGAUUAAAUGUAAAAUGUUACAGGAUUUUCCCACAAUCCUUAAACGUUUAUCACUCUUUACUCAGUGUGAGUUUUCUGAUGUGGAGUAGACUUUAAGACUUGAUUUAAGAGCCUGUCUCUCUUGCUAUGUUUAUAGGCUGUCUGGCUGCUGUGCAUUAUUUCAUGUUAAGUCACAUAUCAUGACAUCCCCUUAUCCUUUGCUUACAGUGGAAAAAGGUGAAAGUCAUGACUAAGAGGCCACCAUAAAAGAUACAUUCCCAGCCUCACAAUCUUGUGCUCAGUCUUGUGAUGUUCAUUAAAGUAUGAACUGUGUCUGAAGGUGUUUUCCAGUUAUCUUCAUGACAUUUUAAAUACCCACCGCUACUAACUUGGUCUGCUUGUAGAUUGCUUGUCUCCUGGGGCCCCUUUAUAACUCCAUGAGGAUAUUUCAUCUGUCACAGAGUCCAGGAUUCAAUAGUCCUCUAGUAUUACUUACCCUUCAUUCAUUUACUAUAAAAGGAAAUAGAUUAUAAAAGUAUUAUGUCUACAUAAGCUUAAGAUAGCCAGGAUUAAAAGUAUUCAUUAUGUACUAUGCCGGUGUUUCCUAGUUUUGUUUUUGCAAAUUUUAGUGACAUGUUCCAGCUACAGUGUUUUGGAACAUAUACUUAAUAAAAUAAAACGAAACCCCCCUA